AUGUGUACGUCUUGUGAAAGUUGCAAACUGCGGGAUGAGAAUCUGUACAGGAAUUUGGAUGAUGAAAAGAAGCAUUUCUUGGUGCUUAUGAUGGGUGAUUUCCAAGAUGACAUGAUAAUCCCAGAAGAACUUGUGCGGCGUCUCAAAGGAGAAAUCCCAGGAGAAAUCCAGCUAGAAACUCGAAAGGGUAACAGUCACCCUGUUGUGGUUGCCAAGAACCAAGAAAAGCGUGUCCUUACAGAGGGUUGGAGUGAAUUCGCUGAAAUCUAUGAUCUACACAUGGGUGAUUCUGUAAUAUUAAAAUAUAAUGGAAACUCUAAGUUUAACGUCAUAAUAUUUGAUAAGCUUGGUCGAGAGAAAGCAUUAUCAGUUGUUCUGGAUCCUUUUAUAUCUCAAGUCCAAAACAGGCGCAGCGACGCACAUGAAAUCGGGUCUGCUAAAAAGAUGGAUGCGGCUUGUGGAAGAUGCAAAAGCUGGCUCGAAUAUCACUACAUGAACUUGGAUGAUGAAAAAAAAUAUGUGUUGAUGCUUAUGAUGGGAGAUUUUCAACAUGAGAUGAUCAUCCCAGAAGAAUUUGUUCAGCGUUUCAAGGGAAUGAUCCCAGGAGAGAUCAAACUUGAAACACAUAAUCGUUGCAGUUACAUAAUUGAAGUUGCCAAGCACCAAGAAAAGCUUGUCCUUACGGAGGGAUGGGGGGAAUUCGUUGAAACCUUUGGUCUAGAGAUGGGUGACACCAUAGUAUUCAGAUACAAUGGAAACUCUAACUUUCGUGUCAUGAUCUUUGAUAAACUUGGUUGUGAGAAUGCAUUAUCAGUUAUUGUGGAUCCUUUUGUGGCUCCUUUGCAAGAAAAGCGCACAAAUGCAACUGAAACCUUGAACCAUGCUAAUAUUAAUCCUCAGCCUGUGCAACCCUUGGAAAUGCAAGGAUCUAUUAGCAGAAUGAACGGGAUGCCAAUGGAGUCACCACCAACGGAAAGACAGCAGCGCUUCCAAGUGGACAAAUCUUGUCAAAGCAACAUGAACAUGACAACUCCCUCCUCUGAGUCAUAUGAAGAUUCUUUAUCCUCUGAAGAUGACUAUGGAGUUCAUGAUAUGCCUGGUUCCAGUUUUAUUGGUGGAAAGAAGAACAUGCCAUCUACUUCUCACUCUCAGAAGGAGCAGUUGAAGGAUGGUUACAUUACCACACGUAAGACCAAACUAACUUCGGUUCAGAAAGUGGCAGUGAAGCAGAAGGUCCAAUCCAUACGCUCAGAGAUCCCCAUCUUUGUUGCUGUGAUGGGCAAGUCCAGCGUUGAAUCAGGAUUCUCUGUGGCUUUCCCCAGUUACUAUGCUAAGAAUUACCUUGGCCGGGAGCCAAACAUGUAUCUUCAGGUGCAUGGUCAGAAAUACGCAGUGCGGUUCGAUGAGGGCCCUCAGGAUAAAAGGCUUAGAAGUGGCUGGAAAAAGUUUGUGCAAGACAACAAUCUGAAGAUUGGUGAUAUCUGCCUGUUUGAGCUGUUGAGCAACCAAAGGAUAAGAACAAUGGAGGUCUAUAUCAUCCCCGUAAAUGGUGGCAAUUUAUCGAUAUCCCGUACUGCUGAUGUUGCCGAAUUCCCUGAUGCCGAAAGUAUGGUUUCACCUACCAGAGACCUAGCAGAGGAAGAAAUUCUCGAGGAUAUAAUCCAGGAUGCAAACGAUGUUGAACGAGCUGAAUCUCCGUCGUCGUAUCUGAACCCCUCCGGAGAUGGAAUGGAGGUCGAACGACAUGAGGAUGAAACCGACACCUCCGAUGAUGGAGAAGACGAUAGCUCUGAUGCUGGAAAGGCAAUAACUCCGAUGAUGGAGAAGCCGGCGAGGGAUCACGUCCCGAUCAGCGUUCGGGAGUGGCAUAAGCGCAAAGGGGCGGUCGAUAGUGAGUAUGUCGCCGAAAGGUACAAAGAUGGUCUUUCGAAUGAACUCAUGGCACAUUUCAACCUGCCAGAAUUCGAUAAUCCAGUCGUCGCUGCAAAAAUGAGGGCGAAAGUCAAGCACUGGACUCUUAAGAAGAUGGCCGAACCAUUCCGGGUGUGGAAGAAAAACUUAUGGAACAAGUAUGUGAAGGACAAGAAAUUUCUAAUAUUCGAAGGCCAUCUAUCGAAGCAGGCGAAUCACUGGAAGGCAUUUAAGGAGUACAAGGAGUCAGAAGAUGCCAAGACCUUGUCAGAAAAGAACAAGAGAAAUGCCAAUAACAAGGUGUAUCACCACAAAUUGGGGCCAGGGAGCUACGAGACUGCCAUGCCAAAGUGGGAUAAACAAGAGCAAGACAUGCUUGCUAGAGGGAUCGAACCAGAACCAAUCUGUGAUGAGUGGGAAUUGAGAGCAAGAACUCAGCAUUUCGUCGAAGAGGCCGGUGCGCCGGGCCAGGGGCCGGACCGUCUGAUCCAGCAGUCGGCGCCGCCGGGCCACACGCAGGGCCGUCCGGCAGAAACCGGACUGUGCGCCGGGCUGUCAUCGGGCGAGGGGAGAAUAUCCCCUGGAUAG